AUCACGUGUUCCUAUACGCCAGCUGCACCUUCGCGAGUUACCGGCAAGUGGAGUGUGUGUGUGUGUUGAUGUUGUAAACCGGUAACGGGGCGUCCCGCGGAGGGCUUGCCAUCGCAACAGGAGUGUAUAAAAGCAAUGAAGAUGACACGCCGUUGAACACGCCGGAAAGAUGCGGGGCUUGAGUUUGCUCCUGUUCAUAACGGUGGUUAGUGAUGCAACGACUGACCUUUCCGUGACCGCAGCAUCGCUGCCGCCAGAGCUGGGGGUAAGCGCCGCACCUGCCGUCACAUCCCCCGUCGCCUCCCGCUAUAUUCCUGAAGAGUACGGGCAUCCGGGGAUUGCGCUCGCCCGGUCUGCGGAGGAGCCGGCGGCGCCGAGCGCGGAGGACGGGGAGUCGUCUCAUCACCACGGAGGAGGCUUCAAGAUAGUGCAGUGGGAAUGGAGCUACGUGCAGACACCUUACAUCAUAGCCAGCUGGCUUUUAGUGGCCAGUGUGGCGAAAAUACUGUUCCACCUCUCUCAGCGGUUCACCACAGCGGUCCCGGAGAGCUGUAUGCUGAUUCUGCUGGGUCUGGUUCUGGGUGCAGUGGUUCUUAUCGCCAGCAAGAAGCAGCCGUACCAACUAGACCCAGGACUUUUUUUCCUCUUUCUCCUGCCAACUAUAGUGGGGGAUGCUGGGUAUUUUAUGCCAGCACGGCUCUUUUUCGACAACCUGGGUGCCAUUUUGAUGUAUGCUGUGGUAGGUACAUUGUGGAAUGCCUUCUGCACUGGAUUCUGUCUCUAUGGAGUCAAGAUGGCAGGAGUCAUAGAUGAAAAAGUAAAUGCAGGUUUGAUGGAUUUCUUGUUGUUUGGAGCUCUGAUCUCAGCUGUGGAUCCUGUAGCAGUGAUCGCUGUGUUUGAAGAAGUCCAUGUGAAUGAGACACUCUUCAUCAUUGUCUUUGGCGAGUCACUGGUCAAUGAUGCUGUCACUGUGGUCUUAUAUAAAGUGUACAUAUCCUUUGUGGAAGUGGGACCAGGAAAUCCUAUGUAUUUGCUCAACAUGUCAUUUGCAGGUGUUGUAGGGCAGACUUGGUUCCUGAACUGGUUCAGACUGGUUCCCCUGGACAAGAUUGAUCAAGUGGUGAUGUCAUACGGCGGUCUCCGAGGUGCUGUGGCUUUUGCACUGGUGGUACUUUUAGAUAAAGAACAGGUGAAGGCUAAAGACUACUUUGUGGCAACAACCAUAGUUGUGGUUUUCUUCACAGUCAUGUUUCAGGGUUUAACCAUCAAGCCUUUAGUGAAAUGGUUGAAAGUUCCUCGCAGCACAAACAGAAAACCCACCAUUAACGAAGAGAUCCACGAGCGUGCUUUUGACCACAUUCUGACAGCUGUGGAGGACAUAGCCGGUUUGAAUGGAUACCAUCACUGGAGGGACAAGUGGGAGCAAUUUGACAAGAACUAUUUGAGUAAGUUGCUGUUGAGAAAGUCUGUGUACCAUAAGAGUGAACUGUGGGAGGCCUAUCAGAAAAUCAACAUCAGAGAUGCCAUCAGUGUCAUUGAUCAGGGUGGGAAUGUGUUGACCUCUGCUAGACUCUCUCUGCCUUCCAUGGCCAGCAGAACCUCUUUUCCAGAGGUCACAAAUGUUACCAACUACCUGAGAGAAAAUGGCAGUGGGGUAUGUCUAGACCUCCAGGUGAUUGACACAGUGCCAGGAGCCAAGAUAGAGGAAGAGCUAGAGACACAUCAUGUACUUGCUGGAAACCUCUACAAACCCAGGAGACGGUACCAGUCCCACUACAGUCGCCACUUCAUGACAGUGGGUGAAAAAGAGAGACAGGACAGGGAGGUGUUCCAGAGGAAUAUGCGCAACCGUCUGGAGUCCUUUAAAUCCACUCGCUACAAGCGCCACAAGAAGGACCGCAGUCAGAAAAAGCGGAAAGGGUCAGAUGCUAAAGAGCAAGACACCAAUGACAAACCCCGACGAAAUGUCAGCUGGCAGGACAAAGACCCAGCUGUGGUUCCAGUGGUAUCUGAGGAGGAUAAACAUGAUCCUUCUGAACCAGAUAAAGAUGACGAUGUAGGCAUCACUUUUGUGGCUCGCAAAGCCCCAGAAACACCAAAGGAGAGACCCAAAUCAGUACCAGCUGCACUGGAUGUUUGUCAGAGCCCAGUUGCAGCCCCUCCAUCGCCAACAUGUGGAGAGAAAAACCUGCCGUGGAAAAGUGGCAUGGGUUCCCUCCCUCCAUGUGUGUCCGUAGAGGCAACUAAAAUUAUCCCUAUAGACCUGCAGCAGGCUUGGAACCAGAGCAUCUCCUCUCUGGAAAGCCUGGCUUCUCCUCCAGCACCUCCGGAGCCUCAGCACCCACGUGUUAGCACCCUCUCGAGGCUGGGAGGACCCCUGCGGACCCCAGCGAAGGGAAAAAGUAGUGGUAGUGCAGGAUCAGGAAGUAAUACAGGUUCCCCAAGUUCAGGGCAGUUCAAGUUCCCUACAGGGAAGGAGGAAGAGGAGGAAGGUGCCCUCUCUCAGCAGCAGCAGGAAAUGCAGCCGCUAAUGUCAUCUUUGAGGCCGCCGCCACCACCUCCUCCACCACCUGCCGCGCAAUCCGCCGGAAAGAGAAGGAAUCCUUGUGUUUAUCUUAGAAGUCUGGUGACAGUGCCACCUUCUGGUGCGGAGCCACAAAGCAGGAGGCCGACCCAGCUGUAAAAUCUCCCUCUUUCCUGUUUUAUCUUUUCACGACCCUCAAUCACCUUACUGCAGACAUUUACCUCCUCAGGCCAGACUUUGUUUUUUAGAAAGUCAGUAAAUUCCUUUCUAAGAGACUAUUAAUUUGUUUUUUUUUUAGCGCUAAUAGGUUACGUGGGUUUAGAAAUGGUUGGUAGAGUUUGCUGAGG